CUAGAGCCUCGUCUGAAUUUGACAAUGUUGAAAUAUGCCACCCUCGUGAAAUAAUUUCAUUUUUCCGACUUAAAUCACAUAGAAAAUGUUUUUAAAAAUGAUAAUCGGACGAAAAGUGAGUUCUGGUUUGGGCGGUAAUAUUUUGACGGCUGACAAGUCGGGUUGGCGAGACUGAAUUGCAGAUUAGUGGUCAUUAUAAGUUAUCCAUCAGCUGUAUAGUGGGUCCCAUAUUAGAAAAAAACACUUUUUGUUACAUUUCAAUUCUAUGAUUUUUUCCGUUGUUUUUGUUUUUAUUGUGAGACACUGAAAGAAAAAGAAAAAAGAAUCCCUUUUAAUUGUACUGUAAAGUUCGGGUGUCGGGAAGUGGGCCUCGGCCGUUUUUCUCGACUCAAUUCCGUCAUCAAGGACUCAACAAUAUUGAGAGGAAACGGUUUCCAGUUUGCGUGAGGAUUAUUCUUCGUUCUUCGAUAUCCAAUUUCUAGCGAUGUGUCCGGAAUAUUAGCGUAUCGGUAGCUGUUAAGGUGGAAUUGGAGUGAACCGAUGAGUAAGAAGAUCAAAGGGGUUUUGGAAGAGAUGUCGGACGUCGAGAUGGAGUUGGAACAAGUGAUCGACUUGACGUCCAUGUACACGCAUCCUCAGACGCCCAUAGUCAAGAAAUGGAUGAACUCCUUCAACGAAGGUACGUUGACGAGCAGUGAUUUUCGCGAUUACUGGCGCGUCUGGGUGCCGAAACACGCGAUGAACAUGCCCAUGCAUUGGAGUGGUAAAGAAGAAGACCAGCCUCAGGACGACUUGAUCUCGACCCUCGAAGAGUUCAUAUGCAACGGGGACAAAGAUGUCAUAUUCAACAUGCUGUCCGAAUCUGACAACCCUUCUGCUGUAUGCGGGAAGGUGUUCAAAAUGGGAGAACCGACAUACAACUGUAAGGAAUGCGGGAUGGAUGCGACGUGCGUCCUUUGCGUUGAUUGUUUUAAACAAUCCAUACACAAGACGCACAAGUACAAGAUGGGCACAUCGGGCGGAGGCGGCUGUUGCGAUUGUGGGGAUGUCGAAGCUUGGAAAAUCGGCCCUUGCUGUGAUAAGCACAAAGUUAUAAAACCGUUGAUACCGUCUGGUAGUGGGAAUGUUCGCUACAGAUUUCCUAGGGAUCUCGUCGAAAGGACUGAAUUGCUCUUCAACUGCAUUCUGAGUUACGCUUACCAAGUAUUGACUUUGGAAUGGCUCCCAAACGAUUUGCGGAUUAAAGGGACAGAACAGGACAAUCCGAUUGCCAUGUUCGAAGCCGAUCAGUAUUGCACUGUGAUGUACAACGACGAGACGCAUACUUUCGAACAAGUGAUCAACACUUUGGCUCGAGUUAUCAAGUGCUCCCAAAGAGAUGCAAUCGAGUUUGUUACCAACAUUGACAGAGAGGGACGUACUGUCGUGAAAUCUUCUACGUUUCAACACUGUUCCGAACUAAAAAGCGACAUUGAAAAAUUCACUUCUAGGCAUGGCGGUACCCGACCCCUUAAAGUGCUUGUCGUUCACGCGUUUGUGAUCGCUCAUCAGAAUUUUGCUCUGAGGCUCUUGACAUGGCUUCAAAAACUGUGCUCUUACGCUGAAGGUUUCAGGAAUGCUUUUACCAUCGUCAUUUUAAAAGAGAACAAUGAGGAACCUGCCAUCAUAGAAAGAAUACUUCAGAGAGACUCUCUUCUUUGGAAAUCGGCGAGGCUUCACUGGCAUCGACUUUUCAUCGCCGGCAUGUUCAUGGAGUAUAGAAACAAAAAAUAUUUUGCCAAGUUUUUUACAAAGUUCUACGGUAACAUUAUGAAAGAUUUCAUCCGUGACGAUCACGACCAUUCAUUUUCAGUUGCUUCUCUCUCUAUUCAAAUAUUCACAGUUCCGACUCUAGCUCACUAUCUCAUCGCCCGAGAAGAUGCCAUGCUCAUUUUAAUGAACACCUUCAUAUCUGAAUGUUACAGGAAAUGUAACAAAUUAGGAAAACUUGAGUUUGACAGAUCGACGCCAAAUGGACCGUUUAAAAGGGCGACUUAUAUCUUAUACGAUUUGAGAUAUCUUUUGGGCGUGCCUCCUGAGGUAUGGACGGAUGAUUUAAGACGUGGUUUCUUACAAAGCAUUAGUCUAGUUUUGACGCUGUUGACUUAUAUGCAAGGAAUGGAUUCUGUAACCAGGCAAGUUGGACAGCACAUGGAGUACGAGCCCGAAUGGGAAUCCGCGUUUAACCUUCAUUUGAAACUGGCACCGGUUAUUACAUUGCUUUUGAAAUGGUGUGCCACCGAUAGAGUAGUACUUAUUAAAGCUUAUAGACUAACAUUGACGAGAUUGUAUGAAAACGCUAGCUAUGACAAAAGCCAGCAAGGCGAAGUAAGAGAAUUGGCCGAUCACAGCGCUUCUUGCUUACAGUACGAUGUAGCCACUCAACCCGUUUCUAUCCAUUUGCCUCUCUCUAGGUUUUUGGCCGGUUUACAUUUACAUUUGGAAAAGUUCAACUUAUCUUUCGAUUCGCAAGAAUUCGUUUCAGUGACAAAACAGACACCUGAACAAAUCUUGGAACCCGUGCUCCGUACGCAGGUGAUGAUAGCUCAAGUACAUGCUGGAAUGUGGAGGCGUAACGGAUAUUCACUCGCAAACCAAAUCUAUUUUUAUCAUAAUGUGAAAUGUAGAGGAGAAAUGUUAGAUAAAGAUAUUGUUCUCUUACAAAUGUGUGCAUCUUUGAUUGAAAGUAAUGAAUUUUUAAUUCACUUGCUCAAUAAAUUCGCUCUGAUCAAUUGGGCUAGUCAGGAUUUUGACAAAAAUACCGCUAGGAGUUCUGAAGAGGAAGGAAUGAAACAAACAAUAAAUUUGGUCGAAGAAUUUUUAUCUCUCCUCAUCGUUAUUAUCGGUGAGCGAUACGUACCAGGAGUAGGUAUGGUGACUCAAGAUGAGUGUAUAAAAAAUGAAAUCAUCCACCAACUUUUUAUUAGGCCUUUAUCUCAUUCUGAAGUCAAUAAAGCUCUUCCUGAUGAUUUGAACCAAGAAACCGGGAUGGAAAGAGUAAUCAAUGAAGUUGCCACUUUUAAAAAGCCGAGUCAAAACUCUGGCAAGGGGGUUUAUGAAAUCAAACGCGAAUAUCUUGACAGAUACAAUGUAUUUUUUUACCAUUACACCAAAGAAGAAUUAUCUAGAUCCGAAGAAGAACAAAGGAAAUUACGCAAGUCCAUUACUGGGUUGGAAUGCUGCCCUCCGCCAGUUCUUCCCGCUUUGACUGAACCGUUCAGUAUGGUUGCGAACCUUCUGCAAUGUGAUGUAAUGUUAUAUCUGAUGAGAACGGUGCUAGAGAGGAGUCUAAAUUUACGAUCGAGAAGUUUUUCGGAAGCUCAAUUACAAAAAAUCCUACACCUCAUCGGGUAUGCGUUACACGAGGAAGAACAAAAAUACUACAGCUUCUUUACAUUUACCAAACGUGCAAGAAAAUGGGACUUGGAAGCUAUGCUUGAGGAAUUGUGCAAUAGUUCCAGAGUUGAAGUAUACAAACAUUUAUUGAAAUGGACCGUAAACAAGUUUAAACAGUUGUCAUCUCCGAGCAUUGUCCAAAACGUCGACCUUAUUGAACCAUGUAAUUCAAAAUUAUCCGAAGUGCAAGAGAAGCAAUAUAGAGCUAGAUUGGCAGCGGAAAAAAGAGCAGCAAUUAUGGCACAGAUGUUAAAAAUGCAACAAAAUUUUAUGAAAGACAAUGCAGACUUGUUUGAAAAAACUGUGGUGUCAACAGCAGAAAAAAUGGAACCACAAGAAGUACCUCAAGUUGCAAAAUCGUCCAAUGAUGGAACGCCUAUUGCAUUGGGGCCAAACCAAUCGCCUAAAGUAUCAGAAGGUAGAAAAUUCACAUGCAUAUUGUGCCAGGAAGAUCAGGAAAUUUCACGUAAUGGACCUGCAAUGGUGUUGGCAGCAUUCGUUCAAAAAUCUACAGUUUUGUGUAGAAACAGAAAUGUUUUCGGUGCAUCUGAUGACAAGAAGCUACCUCUCAUUUUGAAUUCUAACAUGGGACCUGCACCGCAUACAGGAACUUGUGGCCAUGUAAUGCAUAGUACAUGUUGGAAGAAGUACAUCCAGACAAUUCAUUCCAAAGAAAACAGACGACCUUACAGAUUGAGACAACCGACGUCAUUUGAUAUAGAAAAGAAUGAAUACCUUUGCCCACUUUGUGAAUGUCUUAACAACACAGUACUUCCAAUAGUUCCGAUGCUUAAUACUUUACCCAAUGGGAAGCCCCUUACACAGGCACAUAAACUAACUUUUGCCAAUUGGUAUGAAGCAUCAAUUAUUGCGAUCACACACAAGCAGAAAGCAGAUAUGUCAAUCAAAGGGAAUCUAUUAGCCAAGUUUGAAGACGGGCUGAAGUCGAUGGACACUGAAUUCAAGGACAGUAGUACGGUUGCAGUUUCAGGUAGUGGCUCCCAGGACAUAGAAACAGUUGUAAUACAUUCAGAUUCAGAUGAAACGGACGAUGACAUGGAUGAUGAUACCUUGGAACCAGCGAAUCAAUUGAUUUCAACAUCUCCUAAUAGCUAUCCAAGUUUAAAUGCAAUAGUUCCUCUCACAGAAAGUGACGUUUACUUACAGCUGAGGGUAUUUUCUAAGUGGUCGGAUGGAGUCGACAAAGAUAUCGGCGAUGGGGAAGAGAGUGGUGCUAGUUGUGGCCUUUCUGAAGAUUUAUUGGAAAUGAUAAAUAUUUUCUCUUUGAUCGCUUACACCAAAGGACUUGAUGUCGAUCCACACGAAAAUGACACUGCAAUACCUAUGAUGGCGUGGAAAACAUGCGCUUACACAAUCCAUUCGAUAGAGUGGCUUCUGCGAUAUACAGAAAAACCUUUGCUAGGAGAUUUUACAUGUAGACAACAAGACGGACUAGAAAAUUUAAUAAGGCUUGCCGGUGUUUUAGGCACAGCUUGGAAAGAAAGACAAGCCAUCAAUCGUCACGGUGUACAGUUAUUAACAAUGAUAAUUGGAACACCGGGCACUUACUCUUGUGAUCCGUCUAUACUAGAUUGGGAUUGUUUUGGUGUAUUGGUCCCUCUCACAUCAACAUUUCCUAGUAUAUUUCAUUGCGAUCCAGUACCAGUACCUUCAGGCUCACAGUUAGAAUUGCAUUCAUUCUAUUUGAUGUUUUUAGCUCAGUUUGCACAAAUUAUUAUUUCUCUUGAAAUGAACGACGGGGCAGAUGAAGAAAAAGAAGUAGACAUAGUAUCCAAGGAGACGCAAUGCCUCGCACAAAUAGUAAGGAUUUUCAGAGACAUACCCAGUGUAAACACAGAUGAGGUAUGGAAGGUGCUGAAAAGCUCGUCUCUCUCGUAUUUACGAUGCUGUGCGAUAUAUUAUCACUUUCUAACCGGAGUACCGGCUCCGCCGGCAUUAAAGAAAGUCGGCGGUGACACUUUUGAAAAUCUGUGCGCCUAUUUAGGAAUACCUUCAACGUGUAAUGAACUCAUGAAUCACAGUUAUGUAUUAAAAUUAUACAAUAAUUGGGCUAGCCAUCGCAAAAUAGUAAGCUUAAGAUCUCACAACGAUGCAAUUCUAAAUAUGGUGCCUCUGAAUGAACUUGUCCGACUACCUGAUGAUUACAGUGAACUCAUCAACACCGUUUCACUUUUUACUUGCCCAAACAGUGACAGAGAAGACUCGAGGAAUCCUACCAUGUGUCUGGUUUGUGGCGAGGUGCUCUGUUCUCAAACUUACUGCUGUCAAACUGAGCUUGACAAAGUAUUGGUUGGAGCCUGCACAUACCAUGCCCAUGCAUGUGGUGCUGGGGCUGGAAUAUUUUUGCGAAUAAGAGAAUGUGAAAUUCUUUUCCUUGCGACGCCGAAUCGAGGGUGCUUUAGAGCUCCGCCUUAUGUCGAUGAUUAUGGCGAGGUGGAUCAAGGACUGCGCCGAGGCAACCCGUUACACCUUUGCAAGGAGAGCUAUCACAAAUUGCAACUCAUGUGGCUCUCGCAUAGCAUCCAUGAAGAGAUCGCAAGAGCGAUCGAGCUAUCGCAUACUCUCAUGCCUACGCAAUGGCAGCAUUUGUAAUUGGAACCGCUGAAUCGUGCGACGGGAGGAUACGGGAGGGAAGAGGAGAGAAUGAAGCACUAACACUGACCCGGUUAAAUAAUUAGAUUCGAUUAUAAUAUUCAUGUACCAAAGGAGAGAAUCUUCUCUUUCUAUUAAUAUUAAGUAUUUUGAAACAAUAUAUUUCUUUGCAACAAUAUGUUUUUUGUAACGUAAAUUUUUUUCCUCUGCACAUAAAAAAAAAAUCCCCCGUUUUAAAAUAAUGCGCAUGUGUGAACAUAUAUGUGUAUAUGUAAAAUAUGUAAAUGUCAGUGUGUUAAGCGGGGAAAGAAAUCUCUUUAUUUAUGAAAUAAAUUGUAAAAAUUAAUUAAAUUUUCAUUGUUAUUUAAUUGAUAAAUAUCAACAAACAAUACAAAUGAAAGCUCUAAUCUCAAAUGAUUCUUUAAAAAAAAAAAUUCUGUAAAUAUUUCAAAUGAAUUGAUAUACUGAUAUGAAAUCAAAAUUGUUAAUUUACUUUCUUAAAAAUUAAGGAAAUAUAUUUUGUAAAAUAAUAAUCAAGAGGUUUAGGGUUGUUUUUUCCAUCAUAUAUUAAUUUUUUUUUUGUUUUAUUACAUCAAUUGGUUUAUGUUCACUGAACCCAUUUCAUAUUUGAAAAGGUUUAUUGGACCCCAAAAAAAUGUAUAUAAUCUUAAAUACUACAGUUAAGAACUGUUUAUUCCAUAUGUAAACUUAUAAAGUUAAGUUUCAAAGAGUGUAUUUAGGUUUUUAACUAGUAUUAUUAUUACUAGUUAUAAAUAUUAACAAGGUUUUUUUUAACUAGUAAGUUCUGUUACUAGUUUGAAUAUUAACAAUCUUGCUUAAUUAGUGCUUAUUAAAUGGGUAGAUAUCACAAAAUCAGUGUGUACUUUAAAUUAAAUAAUGAGAACCGACUGUCUUAUACUUUUGAAUUCUAGUACAUGACUAAUUUUUAUUUUGAGAAAGGAAAGAAGGGCUUGUAGUCAAAACCAAUGACAGGUCAAAUAUUAUUAUUAAUAUGAACAAUGGGGCUUUCAUUUUUGCCAAUUUGGAAAGGUUAAAAAAAGAUUAAAACUCCUUUACUUCAAUGUAAAUGUAUGUAUGAAUCACAAUAAAUGUAAACAAUCUUAUUUUUUUUAUUACUAUCAUCAUAUAGAAUAGUGUGCGUGCUGUGAUUAAUAAAAUAUUCUUAGUUACAAAAUUGUAUAUAAUUUAAUAUAACGUCUUGUUGGUUUGUGGUAUAUCUGAAUGUAAGUCUACCUAUGAGGUUUUACUGAAAAUUAUAUAAGUAUUGCUUUAUUAACAAUUAUGUAAACUGUUAAUUAAUAAAAAUAUUGUCCAAAUGAA